UUCAACUGCCCCCCCCCCACUAUUUCCUAUCAAUCUCAUUUAAUACCCCACUAUGGAUCGUUCUUCUGUCUUCACUAUCGAUACUGGUCUUCCAAAAGAUGACAGUCAGCCAGAUGAUCAGCCUGGCGAAGUCCAGCGUGCCUUCCGCUCCUUCAUACUUGAGUUUCGUCUAGACAACAAUUUCAUCUAUCGGGAUGCCCUGCGGACGAAUGUGCUCAUCAAGAAAUACAUGCUCGAUGUCGACAUGGCCCACUUGAUCUCCUUCAACGAAGAGCUUGCUCAUAGACUUGCUAAUGAACCCGCUGAGGUUAUUCCAAUCUUUGAAAUUGCCAUAAAAGAGUGUGCCAAACGCAUGUUCUUUCCUGGUGCCGAUUCAUCUCGCGGGUUCCCAGAAUGCCAAUUGAUCCUCCAUUCAACUGCCAACAUGAUCUCCAUCCGUGAUCUCAAUGCCUCGUACAUUUCUAAGCUUGUCCGGAUACCGGGUAUAGUUGUUGGGGCCUCAACAUUAUCGUCGAAAGCUACCGUACUAAGCAUAAUGUGCCGCGAUUGUAGUAAUACUAAGAAAAUACCUGUGGGUGGGGGGUUCCAGGGAAUCUCCUUACCCCGAGUGUGCGAUAGGCAACAGGUGCAAGGGGAGGAGGCUCAAAAGUGCAGCUUGGAUCCGUUUUUUGUUGUCCACGAGGGGUCUACUUUUAUAGACCAACAGGUAUUAAAGCUCCAGGAGGCCCCGGAUAUGGUGCCUGUGGGUGAGCUUCCUCGGCACAUCCUUGUUAGCGCAGAUAGAUACCUUACCAACAGGGUGGUUCCUGGAUCCCGUUGCACUGUUAUGGGUGUGUUCUCGAUUUACCAAUCUAAAGGUGGGAAGGGUCCGGCAGCGGCAGUCGCCAUUCGAAACCCAUAUAUUCGUGUUGUAGGCAUUCAAUCCGAUGUUGAUGCCAGUGCGGCUGGGAACGCAUCGUUUACGGGAGAAGAGGAGCAAGAGUUCUUAGAGCUCUCUCGGAAUCCCAAUCUCUACGAGAUGUUUGCCAACUCAAUUGCCCCGUCGAUUUAUGGAAACGCCGAUAUCAAGAAAGCCAUUGCGUGCUUACUGCUCGGUGGCACCAAGAAGAUUCUUCCGGAUGGAAUGAAGCUCCGUGGCGACAUUAACGUCCUAUUGCUGGGAGAUCCCGGUACGGCCAAGUCUCAAUUGCUCAAGUUCGUUGAAAAGGUGUCUCCUAUAGCAAUUUACACCUCUGGAAAGGGGUCUUCGGCAGCCGGUUUAACAGCUUCCGUUCAGCGCGAUAACAAUACUCGCGAAUUCUACUUGGAAGGAGGAGCUAUGGUUCUUGCGGACGGUGGUGUAGUUUGUAUCGAUGAGUUCGAUAAAAUGCGAGACGAAGAUCGGGUAGCUAUCCACGAGGCUAUGGAACAGCAAACCAUUUCUAUCGCCAAAGCAGGAAUCACUACAAUUCUUAAUGCUCGGACCUCAGUACUAGCUGCAGCAAAUCCAAUCUUCGGACGAUAUGAUGACAUGAAGAGCCCUGGCGAGAACAUCGAUUUCCAGACAACCAUUCUUUCUAGAUUCGACAUGAUAUUCAUUGUCAAAGAUGAUCAUAACCCCGAGCGAGACGCCAGGAUGGCAAAGCACAUCAUGGGCCUGCACAUGAAUCAGCUCCCCCAAGGUGAGGAGGAAACGGGAGACAUCAGUAUAGCCAAGAUGAAGCGUUAUAUCACAUACUGCAAGACUCGAUGUGCACCCCGACUUUCCCCAGAAGCAGCCGAGAAGCUAUCUUCUCACUUUGUAUCUAUUCGAAAGCGGGUCCACCAAGCAGAAGUAGAUGCAAACGAACGCUCCAGCAUUCCCAUCACAGUCAGGCAAUUAGAAGCUAUCAUUCGUAUCACCGAAUCGCUUGCAAAGCUUAGCUUGUCGCCCAUCGCCACAGAAGACCACGUUGAUGAGGCGAUUCGUCUGUUCCUUGCGUCUACCAUGGAUGCAGUCGGACAGGGCGCUGCAACUAGCAGUGAGUUGAUGGAGGAGAUUAAUAAGGUUGAAGCAGAGUUGAGGAGGCGUUUGCCAAUUGGCUGGAGUACAAGUCUCGCCACUCUCAAACGGGAGCUGUGCGUUAAUAAAGGCUACUCAGAGGCAGCGUUGAGCAGAGCGUUGGUGAUCAUGAGUCGGAGGGAGACUAUACAGUUUAGGAGCGGUGGUGGAAGUGUGUUCAGAAGUGGUGUCUAGUCUUCCGCUUACGAUUUGUGUUUGCUACGAUGGGAGGAGUGAUACCAUGAUUGCUUAUGGGAUUUGGGAACGCCGGGUUGGAGGCGAGUGACGCAGGGUGAUGCGUACCUGUAUUUGAUGAUUACGGUUAAAAUUAAACCCAUCUACACUGUAGUGGAAUACAUUG